GGGCGCGCGUCGUCGCAUUCAAACCGAACCCACGUGACGCGGCCACCAACUGCCGCCCCCUCCCCUCCCGCCCCGCGAUUGACGGCACAUGAGCGCCGGGCCCAGCCGCCACAGGACCGUCACCUCGCCGCCGGCUCUCCCGCUCGCUUUCAAAACUACAUGCCCUGAGAGAGAGAGUGAGGGGAGAAAGCAGCACCGUUCUGACUAGAGAGGACUUUGGUGGGUUGUUUUAACUUGUGUUUACAUCCGAGGGAGCCCGAUGCGCGGACGGACGGCCGGCUGUGAAGGAUGGAUGAGCGGACGGUGGGUGCUCGCAGGGGGUCAAAAUUUGAUGAGAUCACCAAGGACAUUGAUUUGGCAGGAGAACAUUACCAAUUAGAAAUGUAUGAGAACAAUGAAGUGAAUUCAAAAAAUCUAAAUAAUGCUACACCUUUGAAUGGAAAUGUAUGUGAUGUUAACCUGAUGAAAACAUUUAUUACAGCUUUAAGUGAAUCUGACAGGUUUGAGGACCAGGAUUUUGAAAACUUGACUUUAGGAUCUGCCAAAUAUGUAGCAGAACAGGAUUUUAUAUUGCAAGUGCCUCACCCUAAGGAAAGAAGAGCAAGGAGGAAUGUACCUGGUAAAAGGAAAUCACGAGCUGGUACUUUACGUGAAAUAAAAUUAUCAUCAGUUGAAAACCUAGAUCAAACAACAGAGCAGCUCUCUCCUAAACAUCCAUUAGUUACAAAUAAUAGGCACAGUCCUGUGCAAACUUUAAAUGAAAGGAAAAUGUUGGAAUUCACCAAACUAGUGAACUCUCAGCUUGGAGUACAAUUGUCUGCCUAUCAAGAAGAAACCUGUGAAACUGCCAAUGUGGAUGUGCCAGUUAUAACACCCACAGAAUUGGACUUGCCUUCUGAAGACAGAACACCUUCUGAAGACAGAACACCACCUAAUUUUCCUUGUAAAUCUGCUACUUGGGAAACUGAAGUUCAAGCAAUUGGUGGAGAUGGUGAGACCUGGACUUCCUUUCCAGCAACACCUGGUGACUAUGAUACUAUCAGCGAGAUUGAUUCUGAAAAUACUGCAUAUCGACAUCAUGACUGCUUAGUGAAUGUGGACAAGGAGCAAUCCAAAUCCUGUGCUACAAAAACACCACCCCCUUCACUGGAUAUUUCAAUGAAUGCUGCAAAUCAGUGGAAAAUGACAGCAGAACCGUUUAGCCUGAAUUCAGCAGGAAUACUCUCUGAAGGGAGAAAAAUAUGCUCACGGAGAGUGUCUUCUGUUGGAGCCAGAGGAUCCCCAGAGACCAAUAGUCUUAUUUGCUAUAUUGCCAAACAGAAGAUGCAGGAAUCUCAGAGAGUUUCAAUGAUGAAAAGUAAGAUGGCAGCAUUCAUGGGCACAUUUCAGGAUGACAAUAAUAGUUCUGCUCCAGAACUGCCACAUCUCUCUGGUAUAUGGCAAAUAGAUUCUACUCCUACAGAGGAGCAAGACUGCAUUCUGUCUACAAGCUGCAGGAAACCGACACAAAAGAAAAAGGUGACUUUUGGCGGAGAGCUGACGCCUGAGCUGUUUGAUAAGAGGUUACCAUCCAAUACACCUCUACGCAGAGGGGAAAUGCCAGUACAUCCGCAGAUCACUUUCAGUGAUAGUCCUCCCUCUGCUCUAAAACAAAGGGCAACAACCAAAACGGGUCUGGAAGAGAAAAAGAGCCCUUCCGAUGAUGUCACUUGCAAUGGAAGCAGCCCUGUGAAGGACCACAGUGACAGGACAUCAAGUAAACUGCAAACAAUAUUGGAAGAUGACCUGGGAAUUAGUCCUGCUGGAACACAGAAUGUUGAAGAAGACAGAUGUUACCCAAUAUCUAUCAACUUUGAAAUUGAAUCUCCGUUGUCAGAAUGUAAAUUUGGACCAGAUAAUCGGAAGUGUCAUAAUAAAAAUGAUGACUAUCCGUGUAAGGUUUUGGAAGUGAAAAUUGAAGAACUGACUGAAACUCUUCCAUUUCCAAUCAGUUCCUCUGGGCAUCCGAGGAAGAGGAAAAAUGCUAAGAAGUGCACUGCUACAGUUCGCAGAAGUCUGACCAAAAAGAAACCAGAUUCUAAGAAGCCGUUAGAAAUACAACCAGACAUUGACAAAAAUAUUCCUGCAAUUAUUAUGUUGGAAUCUACUGAAUUAGAAGCAGAAUCAAUGGUCGAAUCUGAUAUGAACCACCUGCCCUCAACUGAAAUGUCAAAAACAGGUGAUGUAUACCUCAGUCAAAAAAAACCUGAUUACUCCAGCAAUGGUGGGGUGCAAACUAAUUUUAAUAGACACCCUUUCCCCAACAUUGAGAAUCUGUCUGAACAGAGAGAUGAAAUAGAAGACAAAAAUGUAUGCUACGAAGCUCUUCAUGCAGAUGUAAUUUUGAACCCAACCACAAAAUCACAGAAAACUAGAAAAGGGGACCAUGAGUCCACGAAAGAAGAACCCCGCAGGUCUAGUAGGAUCAAGAGCAAUGUGAAGAAUAUUUCAAAGAACUCUACAGCAACUAAAGGAAAGUGUAAACAAAAGUUCAAGAAGAGCCUUUAUGGAAAACGUGAAUAUGCUUCAAAGAAGCCAUUACUGAGCCCAAUUGCAGAGGUGUUGGAUAUCUGGUCUGAAUCAACAGAUUUCUCCAAUAGUGAAGUAAUGUUGGAAUGUGAAACCCCAAAGAGAACCAGUCUGAUUCAUCUUGAGGGUAUUGAUAGAGGAAGAAGGCAUUCAAUGUCCAAGUCUGAGUCGUUAGCUAAUGGAUGGACUCCUGGUUGCAGCCUUAGGAAGUCGGUUGUGCAAAAACCACAAGGACGAAGAAGACCACGGAAGGGAACAGUGCACUGCUUUGAGAAGGAACAGAAAAUUCAAUCAGAUAUUGAAAGUGAAACUCAGAAAGGGAAUACUGGAGAUCAUCGGCUUGUGCCCAGGAGAUUAAACCAAUUUGAUUACAAUCUUAAAUGUGAUAAUAGUCAGUUACCCUCUCUAUUUGAAAAUAAGAAAGACAUGGCAUUUGAAGUAAAAUGGACUGAUAAUGUCGCCAAAGAUGUCAGAAGGGGAAAAUCUUUAAUAAAGAUUAAAAGCAAACCUUUUUCUAAACUGCCUGUUCUGAUGAAAAGCAGUCAACAAGGAAUAACAGAUACGCAAAGUCCAUCUGAAGGGCAGUGUGAAAUGGAGACGGGGCAUGAAGAAUAUUUUGAAAUAAUUAAUACUGAUGAUAACGGUUGUGCAGGUUCUUUUUUGGAAUCUGAAUCAAAUGUUCUUGAAGAUGUCAAUGAAAGACGAGAGGAAACUGAGCCAAAUGAAAUGGAGAAAUUGAUUCCUAUCGGUGCCUCUGCAUCUGAAAAGUCUCAAGAAACGAGAAGUGAAUUGGUGACGGGUGAUAUUACUGUUUUUAACGAAAAUAUUAUUUCACCACCAGAAGCUCGGGAAGAUUUUCGAAGCAGAUCCAGCCGCAGACAAAGCAAGUUAUUCCAUGCAAUAGACUUGCCAUUUGUGACUCAAUCAGAACAGGUCCUGAAGUUUAAUGGAUGUUAUGUGGUCAAUGCAGGAGAUGAAAAUGAAGAGAAAGACGAGAACCUCUCAGGAAGAAAGAAAAGAAGGAAGAGACUUUCAUGGAAGGGGAUUGCUGAACCAACUGUUCCCUAUCAAAUCGAUGAUGAGGUGGAUACAGCCAACUGUGAAUCUCUACUUUUCAAUUUUGGUGAUCAUUGUUUUCUGGAGCAGAUAAACACAAGUAUGUUGGAGGAAGUUAAUCAACCGGAAACCUGCAUUAAACAUUCAGAUGGUGCUCUUCAAAAUACAAAAUCUAAAAAGAAAGUGAGACGUAGUUCCAGGCUGUCUGGUUGCAUGAAUAGGGAAGGACUAAGAUGGAUAGAGGUAACCAGCCCUCAACAUUUGGAGAAAAGAAACCAGAGUACUACAAUGCGCAGAAGAUCAUUUGGGUUAAUUGAAUCGGAGUGCAACAUAUCAAAUCCAGAAGAUAUUGAUGGCAAAAUUGCAUCCCAGGCAAGAAUGAGAAAACUCCGUCGAAGGUCACUAUCAUGUAACAGAGAGAGGGCUUUUGAGUUGGAAGAACCUCUCCGGAAAAGUAUUGUAUUGGACUAGAAUUAUUUUCAAGAGCAACACAGAUGCCUAAAACGGAAAAAUAGUCAUUUUACUCGGCCAUUAUUUUAAAUGUGUGAAAUGUGUUUUUUAUUGUGCUCGCAUUCACUUGAUAAACACCCAGCAGUGUAGUUAUAAAUCUCUCGUGUCUGAAGCCAGUGUGCCUGUUAAUACAAAAUACCGACGGCCGUGUGCAAAAUAUUUGUUGAAUCAAUUCAAGGGGGUGAAUUUUGAAUGAUACAGAUUACCUUAAACUACUUCCACAUCUGAAUGCAGUUUCAUUUGACCAUAUCCUUUGUGACAAUCAAUAACCAACUGGAAUGUGACAAUUUCAACGUUUGUGCUGAGAAAUUAAAUAAUAUGGAAGAAAAAAAAUUCUAUUCCACAUGAGCAGUGCCACAGUGACAGUGUAAUAAAUGGAAGUUGCGUUCUUCAGGCAUGUCAGAAUCAUGUUUUGGUUUGUUUUUUUUGUCCAUUCAUUGCUGGUUGGGGCAGUUGUAUAUUUUUCCAUCUUCCCUGAAGCUACUCACUCGUGACCUCUGGUGGGCACCCAAUAUUAUCUUACUAACUAUUCCUAAUGUGCGUGACCAACUUGUGUGAUAGCUGGUUAAUUAGAGAAGGAAAAUGCUAUCCAAAUUUGUUCCUCAUUCAACCGUAAAGUGAAAUUUUAAAUUUUGGACAUAGGUUAGGAACAUGAGUCUUGGUUGACUUUUUUCCCCUUAUUGCCCCUUGCUAUAAUUGUCAUCUUUAAUCGCUAUAUUUCCAGAUCAUUUAAGAUCAACUAAUGACAAAUAAUAGGAAUUGAAUCAGAUAUGUUACGAUCUAUAUAGCUGAGUGUUAUAUAAAGCCUUGACUUUGGGCACAUGGCCAUCGGGGAGCUGUUACUUUGAAUGAACCAUCUAAUGUUAUUGUCCAAUUUAUUUUUGAAUCAAAUACAAUUCUUUGGCUCUCUUUACGGAAUUGAAAAAUAUGAGAGAAUUAUGUGUAAUAACAAGACUAUCUUGACAACAAUUAAAAGAAGAUGUCUCAAAAUAGGAAAACUGGAAGUGAUAGCCAGUUUGGUUAUUUAGAAGAGCUUUUUACAUAUUCUUUGCUGGUGAAAUAUGUAACAGGUGCUACGUUUCAAUGCUGGCAGAUCUAUAACUAUAUAAUUGAAUUCUAAAAAUAUUGACAUACAACAGUUUUAUGAAGUAUUUUCAGUUGCAGAAUGUGAUAUAAUUUUUGCUCGUUUUUGUGCGAACCACUUUUGCCUGCUCUUGUCAUUUAAAGAAAAAUCAGUUAUUGGGGUAAUUCAAAUAAAUAUGCAUAAAUGUUGA